AUGUCGAACCCUGCCUCCGGACCCUCUCGACCCGCGUUAUCGAAGGAGGAACUGCUCGCUCUCGUGAAGGAGCUUCGAGCGAAGGACGCCGCAGAGACGGCCGCGCGGUCACCCGCCGCGGGGUCGGUGCCAUCGACCGUCCUCGCGUCCGGAGCAGGCUCGGCGGAGCGCGCGGAACCGGCACGCGCCCCCGAGGAUCGCCAGGCGGACCGGGCGAUCCCUCGUUCCGAGCGGUCUGAGUGGGCCGCGAUGACGCCCGCGGAGCAGUGGACGCGGGCGGCUCACAUCACCAACGACGCCACGAAGCGAUUCUGGCUGAAGAUGGAACAAUUCACCGACCACGCCAGGUCGGCGAUGUUCGAAAACUCGCUCACCACCGCAACCACCGUCGGCUCGGGCAUCGAGCGCAUCGCGAAGGAGUCGGUGAAGCAGUCCCGCGUCAUCCAACUGGCGAUCGUCGGACAGAUCAACGACGACGUAGACGAGGACGACGUGGAGGAGGACCAGCCGCCCGUCCAUCCCGCCUAG